CUUCAAAAUUUCAGUGUAAUUCAUAUCAUUUUUAGAAUACUGUUAUUUGAAAAAAAAAUUAGUGGGCUUAAGGUCAAAGAACCGUGUCUUCAUCUGAAGUUACUGGUUCAAAUCUGAACACAAUAUGGUAGGCACCCUGUAGUUGUAAAAGUACCAGAACCUGCUUUUUUUUGACUAAUAGUUCUUAGCCCGAAUUUUCUGGGCAAUAACCAUUAGGUCUGAUAGAUUCUAUCUCCAAAUAGCCAUCCCAAGAUAAGAGCAGAACAAUCAAACAACACUCACUAAUAAGAAAGUAACUAAGCAGAGUUCUGUAACGCUUUGAGCCAUGAAUGCCCCCUUUCAUCUCAGAAAUCUGCUCAUUAUCAUGGCAGCCUUGCUGCUAAUGCAUUUUCUCAAGAGUUGGAUUCCUUUUCCUUUUCUGGAGUUUAAGAAACUUGAAUUGGAUUGCUCAAAAUAUGGGUCUUGGUGUAGCUUCAAAAACAGGAUACAAGAUGGUAGAACUAGGACCAAAAAUGAUAAUUUUAUGAACACAGACAAGCUCAAUCAUCAGCAAAAUAAAAAGUAUCCUGAGAAAGAAGUUGCAAAACAUCCUCUAGAUCCUCUUACCACUGAGGAAAUCAAAAAGGUCCAGAGCAUUCUGAGGAAGUCCUCGAUUUUCAAACAUGGCGAGUCUCCACUUCAUUCUGUAGUCUUGGAAGAACCCCUAAAAGACGAAGUACUUACUUGGAAAGUAGGGCAGAGCCUUCCUAGCAGGAAAGCCUUUGUAAUUGCUUUCGUUGAUGGUUAUUCCCAUGAACUUAUUAUAGACAUAGAAUCAGGCGAGAUUGUAGGUAAUGAAGUCAAUCAUAAAAGUGGGUAUCCUAUUGUGACAAUGGAGGAGUUGAAACCAACCCUUGGUGUGCUUCUGAAAGACAAGAAAUUUGUAGAAAUUGUAACAGAGAGAGGGGUCAAUGUCAGUGACCUGGUGUGCUCGAAUCUUUCUCCAGGUUGGUUUGGUUUGGCUGAAGAAGGCAGGAGACUGAUGAAAAUCCAGUGUUAUUCAAUGGCGGGAACUGUUAACUUCUACAUGAGGCCAAUUGAGGGUUUCACAGUUCUGAUUGAUAUGGGUGCCGAAGAGGUGAUCAAAAUCAUAGAUAGUAAGAAUUAUAUACCUUUGCCAAAAGGAGAGGGUACAGACUAUAGGCUUCCUGCCCAAAAGUAUCCUUUGUUACCCCCUCUAAAUCCCAUCUCCAUUGAGCAAGCCAAAGGUCCAAGCUUUAAAGUUGAUGGUCAUCAGGUCAAGUGGGGAAGUUGGGAAUUCCAUGUCAGGCCUGAUCCUCGCGCUGGAGUUAUAAUAUCAGAAGCCAAUGUUAAGGAUCCCGAUACUGGGAGAAUGAGGAGGGUUUUAUACAAGGGUUUUCUGUCUGAGUUGUUUGUACCUUACAUGGAUCCAAGUGAUGGUUGGUAUUAUAGGUCCUAUAUGGAUGCAGGUGAAUAUGGACUUGGAGUAUAUGCAGCGUCUCUUGACCCCCUAAAUGAUUGUCCAAGGAAUUCCUACUACAUGGAUGGGAUCUUUGCUCAUGCAGAUGGCACACCUUAUGUAAGGUCGAACAUGAUCUGCAUAUUUGAGAGGUAUGCAGGGGAUAUUGGCUGGCGCCACACAGAAUGCCCAAUCACAGACAUGGAGAUUAGAGAGGUUAGACCAAAGGUGACCUUAGUAGUUCGUAUGGUAGCAACUCUUGGAAACUAUGAUUAUAUUUUGGAUUGGGAAUUUCAGACAGAUGGUCUAAUCCGAGUCAAGGUGGAGCUAACAGGGAUUUUGAUGGUCAAGGGGACAAACUACAAGAAUGUCAACCAGAUGAGUUCUAAAGUUGAUGUCCAUGGAACUUUGCUUGCUGAGAAUGCAAUUGGUGUUAUCCAUGACCAUUUUUUGACAUUCUACUUGGACAUGGAUAUUGAUGGUACAGACAACUCCUUUGUUCAGGUCAAGAUGGCCAAGCAGACGUUGAAACAUGGACCAACUCCACGGCAAAGUUUCUGGACAGCAGAAAGACACAUUGCCAAAACAGAGAAAGAUGCUCAAAUUAAGAUGAACCUCUAUCAUCCAUCUGAGUUUCAUAUGAUCAAUCCAUCCAAGAAGACAAAGAUAGGAAAUCCAGUCGGAUACAAAAUUGUCUCUGGGGGCACAGCAGCAAGCUUGCUUGAUCACAAUGAUCCUCCUCAACUGCGAGGAUCUUUCACUAACAACCAGAUAUGGGUCACUCCAUACAACCGUAGUGAGGAGUGGGCUGGUGGGCUGUAUUCUUAUCAAAGCCAAGGUGAUGAUACUCUGGCUGUGUGGUCUAACAGGGACCGGCCAAUUGAGAAAAAGGACAUUGUCCUGUGGUACACAUUAGGGUUCCAUCAUCUUCCAUGCCAAGAGGACUACCCAAUCAUGCCAACAGUCUCUUCUGCUUUUAAACUGAAGCCAACAAACUUCUUCGAAAGCAAUCCUAUUAUGAGGACUGCACCCAUGUCUGACAAGGACCUUCCAAGGUGUUCAGUGUCAGCUCUAUGAACAUUUUCACCUUUCCAUCAUGCUAUGAAAGUUGUAUCGCAGUCGAAUAUUAGUUAAGUCUUGUCAACGUGUACUAUGUUAAACCAGUCCAUGUUGUAAUGAAUUUUCGCAUUGUCCAUAAA